GCUAAAUUCAGAGCAGUGACCGCGUCAUUCCUUGACCUCGCCAUUGCACAGCCCGUUGUUAUUGCCUGUUCCAGUCAACAGAGGAGGUUCGCCAUCAAACCACUCUAACGCACAGCACCACACCACACCACACAGCACAGCACAGCAUAGCACAACGCAGCAGAGCACAUACGCUCGAAAAUACUGAAAGUAUGGCCCGACUAGUCCGAUCAGCUGCGCACAUCAUGAUUCGUGUGUGGAUCGCGCUCGCCGUUCUCCUCGCUGCGCUCCCGUCAAGCACGUGCGCGCGAUCCGAAGUUAACUUUACACCUGGCACUCAUCGCGCCUCCCAGGCCGGCUUGACUCCGAAAGCCGGCUUCCUUCCCAGCUUUAGAUUCAACUUAAACUUUAAGAGGGUGAAUAACCCGCUCGUCUUCUUCGCCAAGUGCAACAAGUCCUCGCUGACCGGAUUCUCGUCGUCGAAACAACUCACUGACGGUCUCACCCUCCAUUGGCAAGCAGUGACUCCGUCGAGCGGUCAACUUCAGCUGGCCGUGGAGGCGAAGAAGGGCACCCCCGCUGCAGUCAGCUGGUUCGCCGUGGGGUGGUCGCAGAGCGGCAAGAUGGCGGGAAGCAAUGUGAUUGUAAUGGAGGACGUCGGCAUGGCGCCCGGCGAAUACGACCUCGUGAGCGACCCCCUGUACACGGCGAAGGCCGUCGCUCCAUCGUGGGGGUCGACCUCGUCGAGCGUUGCGGACGAUCAAGCGUCGAUUAUAAUGCAAUUUUCCCGUGGAUUAAGCGAUCCUGGCAGUGUAGCGGUGAAGAGAUCGGGUUACAGUAAUAUGAUCUGGGCGUACGGUGCAGGGAUAUGGGAGGCGGAUGGCAGUCAUGACGCUAAGGGCGCCACUGUAGUUGACUUCUCCUGCAAUGGCUGCAAGGGUCUCUUACGGAGACGCUGCUGAUGACUCACUAAUGCGCGAUUUUUUUAGGGAUAACGAAAAUGAAGACUUAAUAACCUGGUCCAUCAUCCUAGACUACAUUGGUGUUUAGAAGUGGUGCCAUUCUUUGGCUUGAUGGGUUCAAUUUAGGCUUUUCUGUAGAGCUAUUGUGCCAACUCGGAUUACUAAUCAUGAGC